AUGGCCACUGAUACAGAAGGUAACAGUGGACAAUUAAAGAAAUUGUUAGCAAUACGAGGAGGAAAUAGAACCUCCAUUACGAAGCUUGAACGACAAGCCACGGCUCUUCUUGAAGAACUAAUUAAUGAAAAUGGAGAACAAGUCGAGAAGGUGAUUCGUUUAGAAACGAUACAAAAGUCUCUUCGAGAAAAGCAAACGUAUGUGAACGGACUAAACGAAAAGAUACUGGAAUUAUGUCCAGAAGUUAACAUUGAAAAAGAAAUCGAUGAAACGACGGAGCUGAAUUUCAGAAUCGAUGAAAUUCUGGGAAGGAUUCAAGCUUUUAAAGACGGUCGUUACGCUCAGACCAAUGCAUUCGGAGUUGGGAGUGGAACGACACAAAUUAUUACGUCAACGCCUUCCAGAGAAGCUGAAAACGUUGAACAAGCAACAAACAACGAACAUGGUCUCAAUACAAGCGGGGUUACCAUGGGUUCUGUUGCCAUUCGUCUGCCAAAAAUAACGCUCCCACGAUUUAACGGAGAUAUAACACGUUUCAUGUCCUUUUGGCAGAGUUUCGAGAAUGCCAUAGAUAAAAACGAAAGCAUAACUGCAGUUGAUAAGCUCAACUACUUGGUGAAUUUGUUGGAGGGUCCAGCAUACCGUGCAGUAUCAGGACUCGAACUGACGGAACAAAAUUAUUUAAAUGCAAUGGAAAUUUUGAAGGCAAGGUUUGGCAACAAACAACAAAUAAUCUCGACGCAUAUGCAGGCUCUCCUUGGGCUACAAAACUGCCCAAACGAAAACGUGAAGCAAUUGCGCUUCAUUUACGACAGCAUAAAUGUACACGUAAGGGGGCUUGAAGCCCUUGGUAUGAGUUCUGCAAGUUAUGGCAGUUUAUUAGUACCAAUCCUUAUGGCAAGAAUGCCGCGAGAAAUUACAUUGCAUGUCGCCAGAAAGACGACCGAGGAAGUUUGGCCGAUAAAAGAAAUAUUGGAGAUCGUCAAAAAGGAAAUUGAAGCCAGGGAACUGAGCGAUAACAUCACGCCCGUCGAAAGGAAAUUUGACAAAACUUCAGGAUAUGGACCAAAAUCACCACAAGGCACUACGAAGACAUUUUUGACGAAAGACGAAAAAGUGCAAGAUUGUGUUUAUUGUGGGCAUGCACACUCUCCGUCAAGCUGCAAAGAAGUCCAGGAAAUAACGGGUAGAAAGAAGAUCCUAUUGGAGACCAAACGAUGUUUUUCCUGCUUAAAAUCUGGACACAUGACAAAAAAGUGUCGGGAAAAUCGAAAUUGCAGAAAAUGUGGCAGAAAUUUUCACCACGAGUCAAUUUGCUACAAAGGAGCAAAACAAACGGAGGAAGAAACAAAAGUAACUACCAGUGUUACAGGAAAACAAGAAGUAUUGCUGCAGACGGCCACUGCGUAUGUUUAUGGGGCAGACAAGGCUCAGAGGAUGAAAAUCAAUGUUUUCUUCGAUAGUGGGAGCCAACGAAGCUACAUCUCUGAAGAAGUCAGACGAAAACUAAAUUUGGAAGUCGAAAGACAGGAAAACUUAAAUUUGAACACAUUUGGAGCUGAGAAAUCAGCACGCAAGAAAUGUGACGUCGUUAGGUUAAUGUUAGAGACAGGAAUAGAUGAGACGCCAAUUUUGAUAAGCGCCAUAAGCUAUCAGUCUAUUUGUUCGCCUAUAAAUACGCGCAUAGACGUAAGCAAGUAUCAGCAUUUGAUAGGCCUUAAUCUAGCGGACAAGAAGCUAAGCGAGCAAAAUAGGCGCAUUGAUUUGCUUAUUGGUAAUGAUUAUUUAUAUGAUGUAAUCAUUGGUGAUGUUAUUAGAGGUACAUCAGGGCCAAUAGCA